AUUGUUUCCCUCUUCGCAAACAAAAAAAAGAAAAGAAAAAGCAAACAGUAUUAAACCGGAGUCGAGAUAUCGAUAUUCGAGGAAACUUCAAAGUGGGACACAAAUAUCAAACUUCAAACUUCCCAAGAGAUUUGUCUAGGGUUCUUCUUCUCUGCUUUUCUCAUCAUCGAGCUUCACUCAUGGCUGGACGAUCGUGGCUGGUUGAUAGUAACCGCAUUGCAACCAAAAUCAAGAGUGCAUCUGGUCAGCAUGACCCUCACCAAGUGGUGUGGAACAGCAAUCCUACAAAACACUGUCCCAACUGUCAUCACGUCAUCGACAACAACGAUGAAGUUGAUGACUGGCCAGGCUUGCCACGAGGUGUCAAAUUCGAUCCUUCUGAUCCAGAGAUCAUCUGGCAUUUGCUUGCAAAAUCUGGUUUGUUGGGUUUAAGCUCCCACCCUUUCAUCGAUGAGUUCAUCCCAACCGUCAAUCAAGAUGAUGGUAUCUGUUACACACAUCCUAAGAACUUACCAGGCGUUAAGCAAGAUGGGACUGUGUCCCACUUCUUCCACAGAGCAAUCAAAGCUUACAGCACGGGAACUCGAAAGCGUAGGAAGAUUCACGACGAUGAUUUCGGGGAUGUGCGCUGGCACAAGACUGGAAGAACUAAACCGGUUGUGUUGGACGGUGUUCAGAGAGGCUGCAAGAAGAUAAUGGUUCUCUACGGUGGGAAAGCCGUGAAAACGAACUGGGUGAUGCACCAGUACCAUUUGGGGACAGACGAAGAUGAGAAAGAUGGCGACUACGUUGUUUCCAAGAUAUUCUACCAGCAGCCACAGCAGAUACUCAAGCAAGGUGGUGGUGAUAAAGGUGAGCAGGAUGUCUCUGAUGAUAUCUUUGCUGCAACAACAACCACUCCUAAAUCGGAUCCUCUCACUCCCAAACUGUUUACACCGGAGCCUCAACAAGCUGUUCGACUUUGCUCUGAUUCUCACUUCCCAGAUGACUAUGUAGCUGCCCCUGAGGUUUCUCUUGCUGAGAUAUCAGAGGCAGUGUAUAUGGAAGAUGAGGUUCAGGGAGUUCAACGUAACCAUGAAAGAACAAGCUCAGAGGAUGAGCCUGGACCUGAGACCUGGAUUGAAAACCGAGAUAAUGAAAUAAUGGUGUAUGAUGAAGAAGAGAAAGAGAAUGGUAAGGAAGAUGGAAACGAGCAAGAAGACAGAGAGAAAGAUGAAAAUGAAAACCAAGCUGCUGCUGAGGAAGAUGGAAACGACCAAGAUCCGAAUUGGUUCGACAGUGGUGGAUCUCAGUUUAUAUUGGACUCGCAACAGCUUGUGGAACACUUGUCUCUUUGCGAUGAUCUCCUGCAGGUGGGGUCACAGGACGCAAACAAUGGAGGAGGGUCAAGGAACAAGCAGCCAUGUUUUGGUGAUUACGCACACUUGGGAGGAUCAGAAGACUUCAAAAGGGAUCUGGAGGAUUGUCAGAAACUCGUUCUUGACCCCUCCAACAUAGAUCUUGAUACUCCACCCGAGUUUCGUCUGAGCCAGCUGGAAUUUGGAUCACAGGAGAGCUUUCUCGCUUGGGGCACUGGAAAGACUGACUGACAAAACAGGACUCCCACGAGAUCCAAGACUAUGUGAACUCACUGAUAAUUUUUUGGUUGGCAAAACGGUGCCACGUUGAUGUAUGAUAUUUUCUCUAUGCGCCUCAAAUGCUUGCUUUCAAACUGUUUUUUUUUCUCGGAUUUAGAACAACUACUUUGGAACGUUUAUCAAUGAUGUCCUUAUGUAAAUUGGUGCUUUUGAGA